AUGGCGGUGGAGGAGGUGAGAUCCAGGCCCGGCGGCGUAGGGUUUCGCUCGCGCCCCACUCAGGUCAGCGGAGCUAGCACGAGACCGGCCAUGGCACCGACGCAGGCCAAGUCAGGUCUCUUCGUUGGCAUAAACAAGGGACACGUCGUCACCAAGCGAGAGCUGCCGCUUCGCCCAUCCGAUCGCAAGGGGAAAGCUACCAAGAGGGUGACAUUCGUCAGAAGCUUGAUUAGGGAGGUUGCUGGUUUUGCUCCCUAUGAGAAACGCAUCACUGAGCUUCUCAAAGUUGGGAAGGACAAGCGUGCACUCAAGUUGGCUAAGAGGAAGCUUGGUACUCACAAGAGAGAAAAGAAGAAGAGAGAGGAGAUGGCGAAUGUUGUUAGGAAGAUGAGGUGA